CACGGCAGCCUGAGGCCUUAUCCACUUCUCAUCUCGACUUCAACCUCAACUUCUCCCCAACUUCCCCUCAUCUACAUCAAACCUCCAUUCUCUCGCUCCCCUCAACUGGCGCGAUCUCGGUAAUUUUUAAUAAACUGUUAUCGAACUGUUCUUGCAGACUCGUGAUCCCCAUUCUAGAUCAAUUACCCAUUAUCACCCCUCGUGCGGGGUCCUCACCAUGGCGGACCGACAGGCUGUCCAGCAGAAUGUCAACUCUCUACUCUCCAAGCUCGAUGACCCUGAUCCGGACAUGAGAUACAUGUCGCUGAAUGAUCUUCUCGGCAUCCUGAGCGCUCCCACUUCUUCCUUCCUGUCCCACGACCAGCAUUCCUCGUCGCGCCUGGCGGACGGCCUCCUCAAGGCCCUGGACGACCAACAUGGAGAUGUCCAGAACCAAGCCUUGAAAUGUCUCGCCCCCCUCGUCGUUCGACUGCCAACCGACAGCCUCACCUCCAUCCUGGAACAGCUCUCCGCCCUGACGGCCUCUCAGACCGUCGACACUUCCGUGCCCAACACCGCCCUAAGAACCAUUGUUACGGCCCUGCCCCGCCCCCAGACCGGUCAGCCACCGAGCUCCGAGGCCGCCUCCGCGUACGCCUCCAUUGCCAAGGUCUUGAUUCCGCGCCUGAUCGGGCCUACCCCAUCCCCCUUCAGCCGCCGGGGUUCCACCGUCAAAGGCAUGCUGGAGAAGGACCAAUCCCGGGGUUUCAGCAGUGAUGCCAUCGAUGUCCUCAUUCAGGUCGUCACCUGUUUCGGGGCUUUGUUGAAGGACUCCGAAUUGACCGGCCUGAAGGCCUCGGUCAUGUCCAUCAUUGAUAAUGACACGGCUGGUACCGUUGUCACCAAGAGAGCGCUGGCUGCCAUCUCCGCCCUGGUCCUCCACUUCUCCGACGCCCAGCUGGGUACGUUUGUGUCGGAGCUCGUCGAACGUUUCAACUCGCCGCAGUUGAGCAUCGUCCGUCGCCGCCACCUGAUCGCCGCCGUCGGCAGCAUUGCCCGAAGCGCCCCGGCCAAGUUCGGGCCGCACCUACCCACGCUGGCCCCGUUUGUGUUUUCGGCGGUGGGUGAGACUGAUCUGAGUCAGUCGGUCGACCGACGAUGCUGCAACUACUUGCUGAAGCUAGACCAUCCGGUACUUGAUCGUACAUGCCGUUUUCUCAACCUUGACACGGCUGGGCGUUGCUCCCACGCAGCUUCCCUUUCCAUCUUGGAGCACCAUGUCGCUCCUUCCAAAGAACAUUACCCCCGGGUGAUCUCCCAUCCCCUUCACGGCACCGUGAACCUCUUCGCCCUCUCAUCCCAUUCUUUCUUCGUCAAUAUGCAUCUUUCUACCGUCCUUGCCCUAUCAGGCAUUGGCUUACUGGGAUGCACGACUGCUCUCCAUAUCGCGGAGCUUCCGAAUACCAAGCCCUACAAUGUUGUGCCGGUGUCGGGGGCCACCAGCUCCCCCAUUACGUUGACUCCACGUGCGGAACAAGCCCGAUGUGGACCUGGAUUCGGCCAUUGCACGGAUGGCAACUGCUGCUCCACCGCAGGUAGCUUCUCCACAUCUCACUGCCGCUCGCCGGACUGUCAGAUUGACUUUGGUCACUGUGACGCACUUGAAGUCCCCGGCGGCAACCCCACGGACGAUGUGCCUCGACCCAAACUUGGCAGUGUCCCAUACGGUCCGCAGACCAUUCGAUCCUGCACCAAGCAGGGGGUGGUCGCGCUUACCUUCGACGACGGGCCUAGAGAACACACCAAGGACCUUUUGGACCUGCUGGACCGGUAUAAGGCUAAGGCGACCUUCUUCGUCACCGGAAACAACAACGGCAAGGGGGAGAUCGAUUCUCCCGACCAACCCUGGGCUGACCUGAUUCGCCGCAUGGUGAACAGUGGCCAUCAACUGGCAAGCCACACUUGGUCCCAUCAGGAUCUCAACAAAAUCACCCACGAGCAGCGUCUGACCCAGAUCCUGUUCAACGAGGCUGCCCUUCGCAACAUCCUGGGUAGUUUCCCGACGUACAUGCGGCCACCAUACUCGAGCUGCACGUCCCGGACGGGGUGCCUGGAUGACCUCGGUGUGCUAGGCUACCAUGUCAUCUUGUACGACAUUGACACCGAGGAUUUCCGUCAUAAUUCCCCGGAUCAGAUCCAGAGAUCCAAGGAUAUAUUCAACCAGAACCUGGACAAGAAGAAGCCAUCGUGGCUCGUCAUCGCGCAUGACGUGCACGAACAGACCGUGCACAAUCUGACUGAACACAUGCUGCAGCGGUUGGCCCACGAUGGGUUCCGAGCCGUGACCGUCGGCGAGUGUCUGGACGAUCCACCGGAACUCUGGUACCGCGCCGACGACGGUGGCAAUGGUCGGCUUUCCUUGAAGAGUUCCGGGAGUUCUCAGAGCUCCAAGACAGGCUCUACGCGCAAUGGCAAACCUAAGAAUGAACCAAAGCUUACGACGCACAUGGGAAAAUCGAAGCAUCAUCACCAGGCAGCUAAGUCGCAGGCUGCUCCCGUGGUGCAGGUCGGACUCGGGGUGAUGGGACUGGUUUUGUUGGCGGCGAUUCUGGUUCAGUGA